AAAAUGAUAAAAAUUUAUAUCAAACUGAAAACAAUAAACUUAAAGAAGAAUUACAAUGCAUUUCCAGCAGAUAUGACGAUAAUAAAACAGAGCUUGAAAGAUAUUAUAAUAUUAUUCAAAGAACUAAUUAUGUAUUACAGAAAGUGUUUGGUUCUAAUGAAAUAGAUAUUAGGCAAUUAGAAGACCUAUGUAAUGAAAUUGGAGAAAUUUGUGAUAAAGAUUUUGUAAGUUGUUAUAAUAUUCAAACUAUAUCAAAUAAUAUAGUAUACAAUUCAUUUGAUGAUGCUCUUAAUGCUUCUGAAGAAAAAAUAACUGAGAUAGUUGAAAAUGGUAGAGAACAAUUUCUACCUUUAGUUCGAUCACGAUGUUUUUAUGAUGCAAACGAGAAAGAAUUUGAUACUGAUAAAUUUAAUUUUUAA